CCUGCACCUCACAAACACACACACACACAGAAUUUCACUUUUCUUUCUGUUGUGUUUGUCUGGUGGGAUGCUACUUGCAUAACACUCAUCUCUUUUCUUUCUUUUUCUCUUUUGAACAUUCCAUUUGAAUUACAAUUUUCAUUUGUUAAAAAUGGCAAAAGAUAAUGAACAAAUGCAAAUACCAAAUCAUAAAGACAAGAAGAUGUUCAUUGGUGUUGUUUGGAAUUGUGCUGCUGAACUCAAAUUAUUAUUGUCGGCCCUUUUGUUUUUAUGCUCUUUAAUCACUCUUUUUCAAUUCUUCCCUUCUUCGCUUCAUGAUCUACGUGGCUGCACCGCCUUUCCACCACCGUCUUCUGCCGUCGAGCUUGUUGAAACCACCCCCAUUUCGUCCCCACCUCCGGCUGAACAAUACUCGAAACUAGAAGAUGUUGUCAUUGGAAAUGGACUAAUUAAGCGAAAUUUCAAUGGAUAUGGCUCUGCCGCGUAUAACUUCAUUCUUAUGUCGGCAUACAGAGGAGGCGCCGACACUUUUGCAGUUAUAGGACUGUCCUCGAAACCCUUACAUGUGUUUGGGAAACCCACUUAUGUCUGUCAGUGGGUCCCAAACAAUGUGACAAGGAAUCAAGAAAACAUCACAACCGCAGGAUAUAAAAUCCUCCCUGAUUGGGGUUACGGCCGUGUGUACACUGUUGUGGUGAUCAACUGUACUUUUUCAAAUCCAGUUGGUCAGGACAAUAGAGGUGGACAAUUACUUGUCCAUGCCUCCACUUCUAGUGGAGGCGACACUAGCUUCGAUCUAACCGACAAGAUCGAAGCUCUAACAGAAGCUCCAGGGGAGCUAAACUUUUUACAAAUCCAAGAUAGUCCUAAAUAUGAAUAUUUGUAUUGUGGUUCGCCGCUUUAUGGUGGCCUAAGCCCACAACGUAUUCGCGAAUGGAUUGCGUACCACGUAAAGUUGUUUGGAGAAAAGUCUCAUUUUGUGAUACAUGAUGCGGGUGGUGUGCACCCUGAAGUAAUGGAAGUGUUAAGGCCUUGGAUCGAAAAAGGUUAUGUAACGUUACAAGAUAUCAAAGAACAAGAGAGAUUUGAUGGAUAUUAUCAUAAUCAAUUCCUUAUUGUGAACGAUUGUUUGCAUAGAUACAGAUUCAUGACUAAAUGGAUGUUCUUUUUCGACGUUGACGAAUUCAUCUUUGUUCCUAACAAAUCCACCCUUAAAGCCGUUACAGAUUCGCUAUCCGAGUAUACACAAUUCACAAUUGAGCAACGAACCAUGUCUAACAAGUUAUGUUACCUUGAUGAUAAUGCAGGGAGAAUUUACAGAAAAUGGGGGAUCGAGAAGUUGGUAUAUAGAGAUACAAAACGAGGGAUCAGGAGAGACAGAAAAUACGCGAUUCAACCACGAAAUGUUUUUGCCACGGGUGUACACAUGUCGCAAAAUAUUAAAGGGAAAACGUUACAUAAAACCGAUGGAAAGAUCGUGUACUAUCAUUACCACGGGACGAUAUCAGAAAGGCGAGAACCAUGUAGGCAGCUAGUGAACACCACUGACAAGUAUUUUGACGGAACGCCGUAUGUUGUGGACACCACCAUGAGGGAGGCUGCCGGAGAAGUCAAGACAUUUGAGCUACAAAUGAUAGGACCAGUUUUGCAGAAAACUCACCAAUAAUGUAUAGAAAAUGUUGUUUUGUAUACUUGUAAUAAAUUUCAUAUAAAUAUAGAUAUAUGCAUAUAGCUGAAAAGAUACAUUUUAUUUUGUCUUUAGGUAAAUUCGUCUGUAUUAUUUAUUCAAUUGAUUAAUUUAAAUACAUGUUCUGUUUUCUCUUAAAA